AAUAAUAAAUUUCCUUUUUGAAUUUUUUAUUCUCAGUUAUGUCUUGUGUUUUGUUUCUCUCACUGCUAUUGACGGAAACUUCAAUCCAUUUGCUUCAAAAUUGAACAACAAAAUAAUUAAGGAAGCAAAAGAGAGACAAAGAGGGGGGGAAAGCCCAGUCUUUUGAAGCAAAAAACAGGGCAAAAGAACAGAGUGAAGAGAAAGGGAAAGGGAAAAAUAUGGGAAUUUUGAGGGAAGAUGUUGUAGUGAUAAGUCCAGCAGAGAAAGCAGGGGAUCCCACUGUGAUAUCGGUGAAUUGCCCUGAUAAGACUGGAUUAGGCUGUGAUUUGUGUAGGAUUGUUUUGCACUUUGGGUUAAGCAUUGCUAGAGGAGAUUUCUCAACAGAUGGAAAAUGGUGCUACAUAGUGCUUUGGGUGGAUGGGAAAACAAACACAAGGUGGGAUUUGCUUGAGAAAAGGCUAUUGGAAGUUUGUCCUUCGUAUUUUUCGACAUCCGGGAUAGACUAUUACAGGCCUGUAAAUCAGCAACCAAAGCAACUGGAUGUAUAUCUUCUGAAGUUUUGGUGUUCUUGUGUUAGGAAAGGACUGUUACAUGACAUAACUCUGGUCCUUUUUGACCUGGAGCUUACAAUAAAGAGAGUGAAGGUAUCCACUACUCCAGAUGGAAAAGUGAUGGACCUCUUUUUCAUCACUGAUACCAGGGAACUUCUUCAUACAAAAGAACGGCAAGGUGAAACAAUUCUUCACUUCAAAACUGCACUAGGUGAUAUAUUGGAAAGUUGUGAGAUUGAAUCAGCUGGUGAGGAAAUAACUGCAUGUUCACAAGGAACAUCGUUUCUUCCUUCUGCAAUCACUGAAGACAUGUUCAGUUUAGAGCUGCCUGCACGACAUCCAGGUGGAUUACUUGCUUCUGACCCAAUAUCAGUGACAGUUGACAACUCCCUUAGCCCCUCCCACACACUUAUUCAAAUCCUCUGCCAGGAUCACAAAGGUCUAAUAUAUGAUAGCAUGAGAACCCUAAAGGACUACAAUAUCCAGGUUUCGUACGGACGAUUCUUUGCAAACCGAAGAGGUGGCUGUGAGUUGGACUUGUUCAUAGUGCAAGCCGAUGGCAAGAAAAUCAUAGACCGCAAUAAGCAAAAUGCGCUGUGCUCUCGUCUAAGAAUGGAGCUUUUUCGUCCUCUUAGAGUAGCCGUGGUAAGCAGGGGACCUGAUACUGAGCUACUAGUAGCAAACCCUGUUGAGUUGUCUGGCAGAGGCCGGCCUCUUGUUUUUCACGACAUAACCCUUGCUCUCAAGAAUCUCAACAUCCAGAUCUUUUCGGUCGAGAUAGGGAGACACAUGAUAUGUGAUCGAGAAUGGGAAGUAUAUAGGAUCCUACUCGACGAAGGAGAUAGUCAUCAUGUUUCGAGGAAUAUGAUCGAAGAGGGUGUUAGAAAAUUGUUAAUGGGAUGGGAAUAGUAGAUUUAGAUCACUUGAAAAUCAUGCUCAGAAGCCUAGAAUUUCUUCCUAACUCAAUGUACAGCACAUCCUUUUUUCUAUUCUGGUGCUUUUUAAGUCUUUGCUGAAUGCUAGGUGCUAACAAGAUACCAAACUGUAAAAUUGUAAAGUUUCCUGCAAAGAAAUGAAGAAGUUUUUUCUUUUACCAAA